AUGCAGUUGCCCCUGUGUCCCAUCUACUGCAGUGGAGAUCUCCUGAAGCAGGUCCAGCUGGCCAAGUUGUUUGAUGAUGACAAGCACUUUGUGGAUAUGAAGUUAAAGGAGCCUCCGGAGAAAGUGCUUUCCGCUUUUCACAACCUGACAGCGGGGGCCCCUGGAGGAAAACCCAGCGUGGCCCAGCUCCGAGAGUUCCUCGGCUCCUUCUUCGAGGCCCCUGGGCAGGAGUUUGAACCCUGGACCCCGGCAGACUGGCACAGUGGGCCCCAGUUCCUGGAGAGAAUCUCGGACCCGAGUCUGCGCAGCUGGGCGGCUGAGCUGCACGCUCUGUGGAAAUCCCUGGGGAGGAAGGUGCGGGAUGAUGUGAAGAAUCAUCCGGAGCUCUACUCCCAAAUCUACACCCCUAAUCCCAUCAUUGUCCCGGGAGGGCGCUUCAGGGAGAUCUACUAUUGGGAUUCCUACUGGGUGAUCAACGGCCUGCUGCUGUCGGAGAUGAAGGACACGGCCAAAGGGAUGAUCGAAAACUUCUUUCACCUGGUCCACAGGUACGGCUUCAUCCCGAAUGGCGGGCGUGUUUAUUACGAGCAGCGCAGCCAGCCCCCCUUCCUCACCCUCAUGGUGGAGAGUUACUACCAGGCCACGCUGGACAAGGAGUUCCUCAGAGGUGCUGUGGAGCUGUUGGAGCAGGAGUACUGGUUCUGGAUGAGAAACCGCUCCGUGUCCAUUGAGAUCCAGGGUGCUCUGCACACUCUCAACCAGUACAGCGUGCAGGCGGGGGAGCCCAGACCUGAAUCCUACUCGGAUGACUGGGAGCUGGCUGAAGGUUUGACCGAAGCUGGGAAGCAGGCGCUGUGGGUGGAGCUGCAGUCAGGGGCGGAGUCAGGCUGGGAUUUCUCCUCCCGCUGGUUCAUCGACAGCAAGGGACAGAACCGGGGGACGCUGCGGGACAUCAGGACGAGACACAUCGUCCCCGUUGACCUCAACGCACUGCUGUGCCGCAACGAGAGGACCAUCGCCUCCUUCCACCGCGCGCUGGGUAACCUCGAGAUGGCAGAGCAGUUUGAGGUGGCACUGAAGAGUCGAGUGGAGGCAGUGAGAGCCGUGUUCUGGGACGAGUCGCUCGGCGCCUGGUUCGACUACAGCCUGCAGACCAAGUCUUCACACCAGGCCUUCUACCCCUCCAACCUGGCUCCGCUGUGGGCUGAGUGCUUCUCAGAGCCCAGCGCGGGGGAGAGAGCACUCCGCUACCUGCAGGACAGCGGGGUGCUGGGGUAUCGCAAUGGCAUCCCCACGUCCCAGAUGGAGAGCGGAGAGCAGUGGGACUACCCCAAUGCCUGGCCCCCCCUGCAGCUCAUGAUCAUAGAAGGGCUGAUGAAGCUGAGCUCGGAGAAAGCAGAGCAGGUGACCUUUGACCUUGCACAGAAAUGGAUCCGAACCAACUGGGCCGCCUACCAGCGAGACAAAGCCAUGUUUGAAAAGUACGAUGUGAAUGGAGAUGGGAAGCCAGGAGGAGGAGGAGAGUAUGAUGUUCAGCUGGGGUUCGGCUGGACGAAUGGGGUGGCCCUGCAGCUCCUGAAUCAGUUUGGGGGGCAGCUGACAUCGGGGUGCCCUCCCCUGCACACCUGCCUCUGGGUGUGGCUCGUUAGCACCGCCCUGGUGUUCUUCAUGUGAACUGCAGCCGCUCCGAGGACCGUCUCCCCAGGCAGAGGCUUCAGGAAAGGGCUGGUGUUGAGACUGCCAUUGCUGUCGCCUCAACAGGAAUAUCCAGGGGAAACAUUUGAGUUUAGAGCUAUACAGAUUUAAUACGAUCAGAUUAGCCAUCAAUGAAUCACAAACCCGAGGGUAUUGAAUUGUAGUGUUACUGCACUGCAGGAGAGCCUGAUUCUUAAUGAACCCCCUCUUUCUCUUUUCUGUUUAAACUGGACCAAGCUGUAUAAUACCUGCAUGUGUAUUUCAGGUUCUGUCUAAUGUCAUUUAUAUAGUCCUCCACCCUUCUGAAAUACUGUAUUACCUUUUCUGAUAGAUCCAAUAGUUUUGUGACUAUCGGUGUUCAAUCAAAUGAAAGAAAAUGUAAAUCACAAAUAAAAAGUUACUCCCUCUAGCGGUUGGGGGUUGUAAUGGCAGGUGGAAGAAGUCCCAUCUCGAGUGCAGGGAGCUGGAGGAAGGCUCCACUCAAAGCUCAAAGUCGCUCUCUAGACCCUGAAUAUUUAGUUAUUUAUCUAUUUAUUUACAAAAAAAAAAAAAAAAACCUAUCAUUUGAACAGAAAAGAAAAACAAAUCAAUGUUCAAAUUGCGUGUCGGUUUGGGUUUCCCUGAAUCACAAGAAGAAACCUGUUGUUGUUACUCAACCUGGCCACAAGAUGGCAGCAAUGUUCUUAUUAUUAACAGGCGUCGCAAGAUUAAAAACAGCUGCAGACCAAUACUCAGCACUGUCCCGCUGCCAUUUAUUCACGUUUAGAUUUACGAUCAGAUAUAUUUAAUACAUUCCUUCACAGUACAGCGUUCAGCGCACUGAGCUGUGUGUUUGCAAGUGUGUAUACGAGUGUGUCUCUGGCUGCUGUCAUGCAAAUACAUUCUCUACCCGAUUAGAGGAAGCCACCGAACACAAACACAUAUUAAUGUUUCAUUCAAAAUAAGAGCUGAAAAGCGGGUUUAGUCUGUUUAUAUAGA